GGUUAAACUGCAGUAAAGUAGUUACCUUUAUGAUCCGUGAUCUGAAAAGUUAAAGUGAAAGUGGAAUCGUUCUGCAGUUUUUCUCUUCGCAGACAUGGAGACUGCUCUAAUGAGGUGCUUUUAUGUGUUGCUGUCAGUGGUCAUCUGUCACGGGUUCCAUCUCCACGGUCCAUCUGAUCCUCUCAUUGUCCAUCUGGGAGGCUCAGUGAUGCUGCCCUGCUUUGUAGAACCUCCUCUAGCAAUGGAAGAACUGGAAGUGGAGUGGAAAAGAACCGACUCUGAAACUCUAGUGCACUUGUGGCAGGAGGGAGAGAGUCGACCAGAGUCUCAGAACCAGCGUUAUCAUGAAAGAGCUCAUUUCUUCACUGAGGAGAUCGCUCACGGCAACUUCUCUCUCUUCCUUACAAAUGUGACCCAUGAAGAUGCAGGACUUUAUAAGUGUGCUGUUUACACAAACCUGCACUCUGAUGAAACUCUGAUUGAAAUAAAGGAGAUUGAGCGCUUGAUCGUGUCUGGAGGCCACGUCAUAUCUGCUUAUGCGGGUGAAGAUGUCACUCUGAAUUGCUCUGUAGACUCACAUAUCCCACCGGAAAAUAUAGAAGAGGUGUCAUGGAAGAAAAUAGAUGAAGAUAUCUUAGUGCUGUUCUAUCAAGAGAGUGAGGUCCUGACAGACUCGUCCCAUGAGAGAUACAGAGACAGAGUCGAGUUCUUCAGCGCUGAAGAAAGGAACAAAGGAAACUUCUCAUUGAGACUGAAGAGUGUUCGAACUGAGGACAAAGGGCUGUAUAUAUGUUUAGCAUUCUCUGGGGCAUUAUCAGAUAAUACAACUGUGGAAGUGCUGCAGCUGGGUUUUUCCUCUAUGCAUAUUGGAAUUUUUGUUUUAUGUAUACUUGGAUUUGUCUUUGGAUCACUUAUCUUAGGCUACCUAUCUUUUAUAUCUUUUAAAAAUAAUGAUGACAGCAGAAGAGCCCUAGCUAUACAGUGUGCACAUGUCCUUUGUCCUAAUAUUACUAUGUCUAUUGUCUUCAUCCUUUGGGGUAUUACUGAGGGGUUUUUUACUGAAGCAGCAACUUGUUCAGCACUUAAUUUUGUUAGGAUCCUUUUCCUACUUUGGAUUGCUCUCCAUUUGAAAACAUUUCAAGAUUAUCCCCACCAAUUAAUUAACCGCUUGGCAAUUUCACUACAAUUUGGUGUGAUAACUCUUGUUGCUUAUUUACCUAUUCUUGUGGAUCUCUGGUAUAAAAUAAACACUCUAGGGAAAGUGUUCAUUGUGGGAGGUCUGCUACUGAAGUUAUUUCUGACUCUUCUGUAUGUUCUCGUUGUAGUAUGCUGUAGAAGGCCUGUAAAAAUCUACAGAAUUACAGAAUUACAGAUUACAGAAAUCAUCAAUGUUCUCCGAAUAUUUGUUAUUAUAUCACUAUACAGACUUCAUCCCAAAUAUUUGACUUUGGCAAUAUUUCCACUUUUGCCAUUCAUUUGGUUUUUUUGUCAUGCUGUUCUCAAACGUCUGUUUUUACUCUGGAUAUCAGUGAUGAUGAUCCUGGAGGUUCUAAGUGCAUCAGUGUUGAUCUACAUCCAUUAUGACUUUGCGAAUAAUGUGAAAGAGCGUGACACAUUGACCAGUUUGACUGCAUUUCUCCACAUCUUGACCAUGAUGAUACUGUUUACAAGUCUAUCGCCUUUCUCAGAAACAAACACUGUAACCACUCAUGCCUCGAGUGAAGAAGAUCUGAGACAGGGAGAGGAGGAGGUGACUGAGAUAUUUGAAGAAGAAGUUACAAAAUCUGACUCCAAAAACACUGGGACACAGCGAUCUUUAUCCCAUUUGGUUGUGUUCGUGUUUGGUACAGCGGUGGUUGUUUUUGUGAAUGCUGUUGCGUUAUUAGUAGAGCUCAUACUAAAAUCAAGAAAUGGCCAGCGUACAGUGGAUCUGCGAGUUAUUCUCCUACCAACUGAAUGUGUCUUUGCUGUGUGCUGCCUUGCUUUACAACUGUUUGCUUUCUGGCAGGAGAACAGAGAAAGAUUUAGAGAAGACAUAAAGAGGCUGCGAGGAUUGUGUGGGUGUAAACAGACACUGACGAACUCACCAGAAAAUCGUGAACAUGAACUUGAGAAUUUAGCUCCUGCAUCUCAGCCCUCAGGGUCUUAGCAGCAAAAAUUCCUCAAACACCAACCCAGAAGAUUGCCAAAGUACAUUUAUCUGCUUUCUUUACCUUUCCGACUUGCUGGGAUUUUUCCGUCACCUGACUUUUUGCCACAGCGCCCACUAGUGACUGUUUUAGUUGAUUAGUCUAUGCAACACUGAGCAUAAAACGAUCUGACUUCUGGCUGUGAUAUACAGUCAUGGGAAAAAGAAAGUAAACCCUCCUUCAAUUCUAUGUUUUUUAUUUAUCAGCGCCUAAAUAACAAUUGUGUGGUCCUCACUAACUUCUAUAAACCAAAUAACUGCAGGUGAGAGAAAAGAAAAAAAACAAGAUUGUGCCAGAUGUGACUAACAAAAUGAGUUAAUCAUAAAGAAGUGUGACUACAUCUGUAAAAGUAGAACUUUUGGCAGUUUGGUGUUCUGGAGCACUCAGGUGUGUAUCUACAUCAUGCCAAGAAGAGAGGACAUCAGCCUUGACCUGAAUAGACUGGAUACACUGGUUUGAUCACCUCAAGGAUUGUUUUAAAGAUACUUGUAACGUGUUAUAUUCAUGUCUUUUUUUUUUAUACAAUCCUUUGUGUGAUAUUUAAAUGUGAAUUUCUUGUUUCAUGUCUGCUCCUCUUGUAGUUUAAAUUAUCUAAUUACCAAGAUAUUAUGACUGGAUUUAUUAAUUCAUUGAUGAGAGAUAUUAUAGGAUAUAGAUUAGAAUUUAAAAUCUAUCUGGCAUUAAAGACAUUUAUUUUAUUGUCACCUGCAAAAUUCACCUGAAUUUGAAGCGCAAUAGUCUGAUAUUAGAAAGCCGUAUAUAAAUAUCCAGGGAUAACAACACUAUUUAUUUAUUGCAUCUUUGAGAGCUCAGAGUUUAUAUUUAAAUCAGAUUACAUAUUAUGUACGUAUUGCACUUAAAAAGUGAUGCUUGAAAGGUACUAUAUGUAAAAAAAAAUGUAUAUCUUUAAUUGUGUAUAAUAUUCUGUACAGGAACACAGGAAAAUUUACAAAAUUUAAAGAUUUUGUAUACCUUUAAAACUAGACGUGUGUGUGUCAUAAAAGUAUUUCUUAAAAAAAAAAAAAAAAAAGAAAAACUACAAGUGUAUAAUGCUGCAUUAAUAUCAGCAGGACAGCUAUCUGUAUUUAAUUUUUUGUUGUUGUUCUUUUGCAUUUCAAGAGUUAAGACAGAUGGCAAACCAAACAUUGCAUUUUAAUAGAAACGUGUAUAUUGAUUUUUCACAUCAGAGCAUUGUUCUGCUUUGCAGUGUGAUUUAUUGCUCACAACAAAAACACUUUCUACACAAAUUUUUCUGCUGUCUUAAAAAAAACCCAGCUAUAACGGAUAUCUAACUUUAUAUCUUGCUGUAGCCAGGCAUGCAGGAAGUAAUUAAUUCCAGACAGGAAGUUAUGCCUUUUGGGAAAAUGUUUAGGUUUAGGCUAUACUUUCUUGAAAUCCCACUGGAAAGGAAAAAUAAUGUUAUUAACCAGUUAAGCACUUUUUUAAUAAAUCAAAUUUUUAUUCAAUCAAUUUUGAGUGAUUUUAUUCACAUCAAAAUUCAUUUUCUGGUUUUCAUUUUCAGUUUCCGUUUUCAUUCCCUGUAACG